UUUGACUGGUACUGUAUAUCACACCAGCUGACUAGUUCUUCUGAUGUUGUUCACACAGGAAACCAUGUUCACACAUUCUCUACAUCCAGAGAGCAACAGAAGGAAGAUCACAGAGCUAAGAGAUCUCACCACUGCCCACAUUGUGAGGAGAUUUUCCCAUUUCUAUCAAAGCUAAAAAUACACUUAAAAAUCCACACAGGAGAGAAUCUGUAUUCCUGUACUGACUCUGGGGAGAGAUUCACAACAUCAAACGUUCUGACAAUUCAUCAGAGAGUGCACACAGAAGAGAAACCUUACUCUUGCUCGUACUGUGGGAAGAGUUUCUCUCAACAGACCAACUUAAAAAAACACCAACGUCUACACACAGGAGAGAAGCCUUACUCCUGCUGUGACUGUGGAAAAUGCUUUACAACAUCAUCUGAGCUAACAGUUCAUCAGAGAACACACACUGGAGAAAAGCCUUACAUCUGCUCUGACUGUGGGAAGAGUUUCUCCCACCAGAGUAGCUUUAAAGCACACCAACGUAUACAUACAGGAGAGAAGCCGUACUCCUGUUCUGACUGUGGGAAGAAUUUCUCCCGAUUGGGUACCUUAAAAUCGCAUGAACGUAUACAUACAGGAAAGAAGCCUUACUACUGCUCUGACUGUAGGAAGAGUUUCUCCCACCAGGGUAGCUUUAAAGCACACCAACGUAUACAUACAGGAGAGAAGCCGUACUCCUGUUCUGACUGUGGGAAGAAUUUCUCCCGAUUGGGUACCUUAAAAUCGCAUGAACGUAUACAUACAGGAAAGAAGCCUUACUACUGCUCCGACUGUGGGAAGAGUUUCUCUCAACGGAACCAUUUAAAAUCACAUGAACGUGUACACAUAGAAAAGAAGGCAUACUCCUGCUCUGACUGUAGAAAAUGCUUCACAACAUCGUUUGAUCUGAAAGUUCACCAGAGAACACACACUGGAGAAAAGCCUUACAUCUGCUCUGACUGUGGGAAGAGUUUCUAUCAACAGAGCAGCUUCAAGAAACACCAACGUCUACACACAGGAGAGAAGCCUUACUCCUGCUGUGACUGUGGAAAAUGCUUCACAACAUCAUCUGAUCUAAAAGUUCACCAGAGAACACACACCGGAGAAAAGCCUUACAUCUGCUCUGACUGUGGGAAGAGUUUCUCUCAACAGAGUAGCUUCAAGAAACACCAACGUCUACACACAGGAGAGAAGCCUUACUCUUGCUGUGACUGUAGAAAAUGCUUCACAACAUCAUUUGAUCUAAAAGUUCAUCUGAGAACACACACUGGAGAAAAGCCUUACAUCUGCUCUGACUGUGGGAAGAGUUUCUCUCAACAGAACCAUUUAAACACACACCAACGUAUACACACUGGAGAGAAGCCUUACUACUGCUCUGUCUGUGGGAAGAGUUUCUCUCAACAGAGCAACUUAAAAACACACCAACGUAUACAUAAAGGAGAGAAGCCUCGUCAGUUCUCUCAGACCAGCUAAGAUUAAAAUUAAGUGAUGAGGUGAUUUUAAUCUCAUUGCUUGACUUGGACUGAAAUAGGUGCCGGAACUCAUUUUAGGGGGAAACCCUUUUGGACAAUCAGAGCCUUACAAACGUGCCGCGGGAAAGGCUGCACACCCUUCCUAAGAAGGUCUGGUUCCGACAGAUAAACGGCGAACGAAGGCAUUCACACGUAAAUACAUUAAUGAUUUCUUACUCCAAAUGGGCGGCGGUUCGUCUGCAAGUAUAUGAUUACUGUGAGAAUAGUUUCUAAAAUGUAUCAAUGAUAAAUGUUGCUUUUUCUCUCUCUCUCCUUUUGUAAACCCCCCCCC